UUGAGGAGGCGUAUAAAGACUGAAACAACCUCUGAUUCUUUGCUGUGACUGCCAGAGACGACAUGCUGCGCGCUGUUGUGAAGCUUUGCUGCGGGAUCUCCUACCCUCACAUGAGGAGCAUGGCAGGACUCCAACGCAGAGCUGUGGCAGUGAUAGGCCAGGAGAUCACACAGCUGCAGCAGUGGGGACAAAUCCAACAACACUUAAGAACGCAUGUUGCUCUAAAUUAUAAUGAAGUGGAACAAGAAGACGUGCAGCCUGCAGCCAAGUCUGGAAACCAGCUGUAUUAUGAACAACACGGACGAGAGGCCAUGAGAAAAGCUCUCAGCAUGUUGGAGGACAAAGACGGAUGGAAGGUCGAGAUGACAGAGAGCAACGGAGAUGUGAUCUACAGCAAAGUGAUUCCAGGAGCUGGAAAGGUCUUCAGGAUGGAGGCAGUCUUGGAGGCCACUGUGGAUGAACUCUAUGAUAUUCUGUACGCUAGGGUUCAGGAAAUGCCCCAGUGGAACCCAAGUAUACAGCACAUUGAGGUCCUAAAACACGUUGGACCAGAAACAAUCGUGACCCACGAGGUUUCAGCUGGGUCAGCUGGAAAUCUAAUUGGACAGAGGGAUUUUGUGAGUGUCAGGCACAGCUGUAAACAAAAAUCCCGUGUUUAUCUUGGAGGAGCAGCCAUUCAGCUGGAGUCAUUCCCACCGCAGGCGGGCUUUGUGAGAGCUGAGGAUGGCCCAACAUGCAUCGUCCUUCAAGCUCUUGAUGAGGACAAGACAAAAAGCCGCUUCACGUGGCUUCUUAACAUGGACGUAAAGGGCUGGCUGCCUAAGUCCAUUGUCAAUCAGGCUUUGCCCCGAGCACAGCUGGAUUUCACGAGACAUCUCCGCAGACGCCUCGGUGGGAGAUGCAUGAGUCUGCAUGACAGCCUUCACCCAACAGCUCCCUCGUCGCUUCUCAAGACGGAGACGAGGGAACGGUGACAGACUAACUGCUCUACAAGACAAAACUCUGCUGAGGAAAAAAGAAAACACGCAGCCUAGGGUUAUUGGCAGACACCAGUCCCAGCCUGGCAAAAGGAAGCUGGUUUACAAUAGGAAUAAAAAACACAAUGUGCCA